AUGGUCAGUCCCAUCUGGACUACGCCUCGCCCAGCACGCUUCAAAGCUGACAAGCUGACCCGAUCACUUCACUCCGUGCGGUGAGCAGAGCACGAUCCUCAACAAGCCCUACGACGCGUUCGCCGACGAGGAACAGGACGUCGCCGUCGAGACCACCAAGAAGGCGUCGACUGGUCAGUUGCGCGGGGACUGUUGGCUGUGGCGGGCUGUCCCAGAGUCGGAAGGAAGGACGGGCGUGUGCGCGUGAAAAGGGGGGAACGGCCGCGGAUCACAGGGGCCUCCCGAGUGGCGGAUGAUCCUGUUGGGUGAAGAACAACAUUCUCACACCCUCCCUUUUGCUCCCGUCCGCAGUCGCCAACCACAUUCACAUCCGUAUCCAACAACGCAACGGUCGCAAAACGAUCACGACCCUCCAAGGCGUCCCGACGGAAUAUGAUCCCAAGAAGCUCUUGAAGGCGUUCAAGAAGGAGUUCGCCUGCAACGGAUCGCUCGUCGAUGACGAAGAGAUGGGCCAGGUCAUCCAGCUGCAGGGCGAUCAACGAACAAAGAUUGCCGAGAUCUUGAUCGAGGAAGGUAUUGGUCAGUGAUCGCAGAGGCGGCUCGACCACUGGUAGAAAGCCUCGACUAACCCCCCUCGGGAGGUCGGUUUCGUCCGUGGUAACCCUACAGACAAGGAGACGAUCAAGUUGCACGGUUUCUAA